GCCAACGCUGCCGCCGCCACCGCGCUCGAGCUCGAGCUCCGCGCACUCCCUGUGCGGCCGCCGAGCCGAGCGGACGCCCUCGGGGCCGCGCCGCAGCCCUCUGCGCUCCCCCCUAUCAUGCCCGGGGCCCGGGCCCGGGCCGCCCAAGCAGCCAGGACACCAUGCCCGAGGGCGGCGGAGGAGACAGCGGGGAGGUGCCCGCGUUCAUCCCGGACGGCGAGCCGCUGCGGGAGGAGCAGCGGCCCUUGAAACAGUCCCUGGGAAGCUCCCUGUGCCGCGAGUCGCACUGGAAGUGCCUGCUGCUCACCCUGCUCAUCCAUGCCUGUGGCGCCGUGGUGGCCUGGUGUCGCCUGGCCACGGUGCCGCGGCUGGUCCUGGGGCCCGAGGCGGCUCUGGCCCGCGGGGCCGGGGGCCCGCCGCCCACCUACCCGGCCAGCCCUUGCUCUGACGGCUACCUGUACAUCCCGCUGGCCUUCGUGUCCCUCCUCUACCUCCUCUACCUGGCCGAGUGCUGGCACUGCCACGUGCGGUCGUGCCAGGCGCCGCGCACCGACGCCAACACCGUGCUCGCCCUGAUCCGCCGGCUGCAGCAGGCGCCGCCCUGCGUCUGGUGGAAGGCCACCAGCUACCACUACGUGCGGCGCACCCGCCAGAUCACCCGCUACCGGAACGGCGACGCCUACACCACCACGCAGGUCUACCACGAGCGGGCGGACAGCCGCACGGCCCGCGGCGAGUUUGACUACUCGGCCCACGGCGUCCGCGACGUCUCCAAGGAGCUCGUGGGCCUGGCCGACCACGCGGCCACGCGGCUGCGCUUCACCAAGUGCUUCAGCUUCGGCAGCGCCGAGGCCGAGGCCUCGUACCUCACGCAGAGGGCCCACUUCUUCAGCGCCAACGAGGGCCUGGACGACUACCUGGAGGCCCGCGAGGGCAUGCACCUGAAGGACGUGGACUUCCGCGAGUCCCUCAUGGUCUUCGCGGACCCCCGCAGCCCGCCCUGGUACGCCCGCGCCUGGGUCUUCUGGCUGGUGUCCGCGGCCACGCUGUCCUGGCCGCUGCGCGUCGUGGCGGCCUACGGCACGGCCCACGUGCACUACCAGGUGGAGAAGCUCUUUGGCGCCGGCUCGCCCCCGCCCGGGGCCGUGCCCAGCGGGCCCCCGCUCUCCCGCGUGGCCACGGUGGACUUCACCGAGCUCGAGUGGCACAUCUGCUCCAACCGGCAGCUGGUGCCCAGCUACUCGGAGGCCGUGGUCAUGGGCGCCGGCGCCUACCUCCGCGGCUGCCAGCGCUGCCGUCGCUCCCUCAGCAGCAACUCGCUGCCCCCCGCCCGGCCCAGCGGGCCCCGCCUGCCUUUCAGCCGCAGCCGGCUCUCCCUGGGAGCCGGGGGCCGGGCCACCCCGGGGGUCUUCCGGAGCCUGAGCGGGGGGCCGCUGGGGCGCCGGGCAGAGGACACGGAGCCCCUGGAAAGCCCACCGUGUUACGAGGACGCCCUCUACUUCCCGGUGCUCAUCGUCCACGGCGACGGCGGCUGCCAGGGGGACGGGCAGGGUGCGCUCUGAGACCCGCGCGGUCCCCGGAGCGGCCUCCUCCCCGCCGUCCCACCGUGGGCUCCGACGCCCGAGCGGUCGGUCGUUGUCCAAGACGGGAGGGAAAACAGACCAGCGCACGAGGGGUGGGGGGUGGGGCCAGGCCCUUAAACAGACUGAAGGACCGGAGGGCGUAAGCGGACGCGGCCGAAGUUGAGUCUCUGAACUGUCCCAGCAUGGCUCCCGCCCCCCCCCCCCCCACGGCCACGUUCCACCCCUGCACUGUCUGGUGAUCUGGCUUAGGGCCCUCUCGGGCAGGGCAGGGGGGCGAGUUUCCAGAGAGCCUGAGAUGGGGGACGAGUCCCGGGGACAGCUGUUGCAUGCAGCGCAGGGCCGCCUCUGGGCUCCGCCCUACGUGGCUGAGGCCGCCCUGGGAGCCCUCGAGCGACCCAGAAGCACAAAUUGGUGGUUUGGGGCCAUGCCCAGUUGGGCUGGCCUCCACGAAGCGGAGGAGCUGGCCGUGGGGUGGCACCGUAGCCUUGGCCCCACUACUGGCCCGAAGUCCCCCUCCUCCUGCCCUGACAAGCCCUUCGCUGCCUGCCCUCUGGUCUCCGCUGAGGGCCGGUCCCUGAUCACACUCCGCAGCACAGCCCCUCUACUGGGAGCCCGGUUCUUAGAGCACAGCCUCGUCCCCCACCCCCAGCCCCCAGUUUUUCCCUGGUACACCCUCCCCCCACCUCCAGCUCCCCUGUGACCUGGGGUUCCUUCUCAGGGCCCUACCUUAAGCCCACAUCCCCUGGUCUCGGCCCCUGUCCCUCACGAAGUCCACAUCUGCCUCUGCCAGCCACGCGCACACACCCCGGGCUUGGCCCUCCCACUGCCCCCACCCCCAACUUCUCUGCUCUUCACCUUCCUGAUGACCCACGGGGCCCCGGGCCACGGGGCAUCCGAGGGACCUCGGCCUUGGCCACAGCCUCUUGGACGAUGCACCUGCUCGGCCAUGGAGGCGCCUGCCUCUCCCAUCAGUGGGGCCUGGCCCAGGAGACACCGUCCCUCCUCCAGGGAGGAGAGAGAAGUCCCUUCCCUUCCAAAUGGGGUUUCCACCCCCUCUGAGGGGCCGGUGGGGGGAGGGGGGAGAGGAGGCAGAGAAGAUGCAGAUAAA